AAGUGGGCCAGCCCAUUACCCAACCCAAAAAAAAGUGAAAUAAAAUUGAAUCUCGAUAUAACGAGCAUCUCGUAGCCGCGCCCAGACUAAAAUUCAAAUCAGGACCACCGCGACGACAACCGUUUCCGCCACCGCAGAUUCCGAAAUGGCGAACGUGGAUGAACUUUUAUCUUCCUUAAUCUCAGACGUCCAUGCCUACACCGGCAAAGACCCUCUUCUUCCAUGGCUUCGCGCGAUCCGAAAGGUGAAGGACACUCUUCCUCCCAAAACCCUAAAGGAAAAGUUACCCGCGUUCCUGCAGAAAUGCGCACACACCUUCGAGCUCGAUCGGCGUUACAGAAACGACAUGCGCUAUCUUCGGGUUUGGCUCCACCUGAUGGAUUUUGUGGAUGAUCCAAAAACACUUUUGAGAACGAUGGAGACUAAUCACAUUGGGACAAAACGUUGUGAAUUCUACCAAGCGUAUGCUCUUUACUACGAGAAGAGCAAGAAGAGCGAUGAGGCAGAGAAAAUGUACCAUCUGGGAGUGAAGAACCUUGCAGAGCCUCUAGAUAAAUUGCAGAAAUCAUAUGAACAAUUUCUUCAACGGAUGGAGCGAAAAAAUAAUAAGAGAAUCCAGCAUCAGGAAGCAAAAGCUUCCAGGAGGCCUCUGUCUUUAAAGAGCUUCCCUUCUCUUGACAACAAAACUGAGGGAAGCAAAAGCAAUGGAGUAGACUGUGUUGAGGGUGUGCAAAAGGGACCCCGAAUUGAUAAUUAUGCAGCUAAAGGUGUGGCUGAUGAUAAAAACAUAAAGACUAAGAAGGAUGAGCGCAAGAGAUUUUGUGGUGAUGAUACAGUUGUAGUCAAGUUUGUUGACACUGCCAUGGUUGGAAAGUCUGAAGCAGAAGAUGCAUGCCAUCAUGGAUUAGUGGAUCCUACAAUAAAUAUGAAGGAGGCCAUGAAUGCCAUUAACAACAUGUUCCGGGAGCCAUUGGAGACUGUUCCAUUAGGCAAGAAAUCACAUAAAAACCAUUCAAAAGAAGAUCGUAGUACAAAGAACGAGUUUGAGGUUUUGGUUGAUGAAAACUUGGACAAUGGAAUCAAACCAUCCGGUUCCUUGUCACUUCGGAACAGGACUGAAGCUAGCCAACCUCACCAAGAACCGCUCCAGAUAUACAUUGAUGAUGAAGAGACUUCUGAGACCAGUGAUGUGAAUUUGUUUGAAGGUGGUUGUACUUCAUCGGCUUCACAACCAAAUGGCUUUGUUUUUCUACGCUCCAAGGAUAUUCCUUCUAAAAAAUCUAGUGAUAUGGAUGCUGAUAGCGAUCGUAAUUCAAAGUUCAGAGAGGAUACAGUCGUUUGCAGAUUUGUUGGUUCCGCCAUUUUGGAUGAACCAGAGGUGGAAAAUGUUUGCCACCACGGUUUAGUAGACCCCACCAUCAACUUGAAAGAAGCUAUGGAUGACAUAAAUAACAUGUUUGGGAAGCCAAUAGAUUUUGUUAGGAGAAGAACCACCACCAAGCAGGAGAAGGCCCACCAGAGCAUUAGGGGAAAUGACAUUGGUGGGUUUUCAAUCCUUGCUGAUGAUGAGCUCCAGGAACAAGAAGUUCCACCUCCACCACCACCAAAAUUGCUAGGAAAGUCCAAGGAAUCUGAUUUGUUUGAGCCAACUAUCCUCACAAAGGAAGCCAUAGAUGAUAUAAACAAGAUGUUUAACAUGCCUCUGGAUUUUUAGGAAUAAGGUGAUUGCUGAGUGCCUAUUCUGAUUUCUGAUAUGUAAGCAGAAUUUGAUUUUAUGUGAGGUAUUCGAAUGAAAGGUUUCGGUUGUCCUUUUUCUACUGA